AUGGACAGGACAGAGCAAGAAACCAGGAACAAUGGAGUUGCCGAUCUCCGUUGCCCGUAUAGUGCAACGCAGAGCACCCAGGCGCUUGUAUCUACGAAUACUUCGUACCUUGGCUUGACCUACGGAGACACGGUGGCUGGUUGCUGCCCAAUCCCGCAGCGGAGCAUCGCGGCUCCCAAAGACUCUCUCUCUCUCUCUCUCUCCCCCCCCGUAUCCUUUCUGGACAGCUGCAAACCGCUGCCGACCACUCAGAACUGUCGUCAUGGAUUCGGCGCUCUCUCCACUGUGCUUCAUGGCCGCAUAAUAGGCCGGCCGUCGCGCAUUGCCAUUGCUCGCCCAUUCUCCGCCAUCCGUCUGCGUCUCCGUCUCCAAGAUCUCCUUAACGAGACGGUCCGCGGAGGAUCCCCCUUGAAGCGGCCCCGUUUCUGCUUCUCCCGCGAAGUCUUCACCGCCAAUCGCUUGGACAAGGCCAGCGCAAGCUUAUUCCCGCUCCGGCUUGGAACCUCUAACGGCGCGGUCAUGAAUGACGCACCCCCAUCUCUGCCUCCCUCCGCCAGGCUAUGGUCAAUAUUCCGAUACUUGAUCUUCCUGGGCUUCACAUUUGUCUUCGCACCCCUGAAUCUAACAUGCAUGAACGAGCGGGCUCAAGUCGAUGUGGAUGGGUCUCUGAUUUGGCCCGGAGUUGCUCCAAUCACUCCCCCAACUGAUCGAGAUGCAUUGGAGGGAAAGGCCGCCUUGGACCGGUCCGACCCAAGUUUCAGCGCCCCCCCAGGCUACGCGUCUCUAGUCCCGUACUCUGGCCCUAAAUGGCAUCCGUUAUCCGAACGUAUUGGAUUUGACUUCUAUUUGAGUACGACCAUACUGAGCUGCUUCAUUCAGCUGUCACGUCUCGCCCUAGAUCGUCGACCCUUGGAUCGAUCACUCCAAGCUGGACAUCAGGCUUCAACUAGCGUCGCAGUUGAAGCAUAUCUAACUUUCCAUGAGAUCCAGCAGACAAUGAGGCGACUCAGCAAAUGCCGGCUGGAAGAUGAAACAAAGUCACCGACUUGGGGCGGUCUGGCCUUGAAGACACUUGGUGUCUUCUAUCAUGUCCUGGCUCAUCCCAACUUGCCGAGAAUGAGGCUGGAUAACUUAGCGCGGGUUGAAUCGCCUAGCAACCGUCUUCCAGGACCAUGGGUAGCUGAGUCGGCGAGAGUUGGCUCCCGUCUCAACACGCCCAGGACCCUUGAUCUUUACGUUCAUGACCUCUCUGCGUCUCAGAAGGCGUCGGCGCCACCGACCGACACAGUCAUUGGUCCCCGACCAGAGACCAGCAACUCUCUCUCAGACUCUGGUUACCUACAAGACCUUGAUAUGCGUUUCUUUGCAAGCAUUCUCACCUUGGUUACCAGAGCUUGA